GUGUUACAGAUACAGUCACAAUGCAUGGCUGUAGAACACCACGGCUGUUGUGGAUGGAUUAUACCAGCAGCAGCAGCAGCAGCAGCACACAUCAGCUCUUACCUUUAUAACACUGAGACUGUCACCUGACGUGUGACACCAGCGGCCGGUACUAUAGGUAUUUAUUUACCCUUCUCACUGCUCAGCUUAUAACCUCAUCCCUGCUGUCUCCUGUCCCUAUUCCAGGAGGCACUGGGCGUAUAAAGGCAGGGAGAGAUCGGCUGCCACUAACAGCCACCAGCUGAGCGGGGACGUGUGACAGAUGGCCGACUUCAUCGCCGGAGCUGUUGGAGGGGCUUGCGGAGUAAUGGUGGGAUACCCCCUGGACACAGUAAAGGUGCGACUUCAGACUCAGAAGCGCUACACUGGGAUCUGGCACUGCAUACACUCUACGUACAAAGUGGAGAGAGUGUCAGGAUUUUUCAAAGGGAUGUCCAUGCCAAUUUCUACCGUGUCCGUCAGCUCGUCCGUUGUGUUUGGGGUGCAGAGACAUUGUCUGCAUAAUCUGUGCAAGCUGAAGUAUGGCACGCCGAAUGUCAAGCCAUCAAAGCUGGACAUUUUCCUGUCUGGCUACGCAGCUGGCGGAGUGCAGGUGUUGGUGUCGUCUCCUGCCGACAUGGCGAAGGUCCGCCUACAGACGCAGGUGUCGCCUCACAAUUCCAGCACAUGCUCUCUCUUGGCCCGACCGAAGUACACAGGCCCUGUCCACUGUCUGCUGACCAUAGUGAGGGAGGAAGGGUUCUUUGGCCUGUAUAAAGGGUGUUUUGCCCUCAUGUUCAGAGACUGCCACUCGUUCGCCACAUACUUCCUGACGUAUGCCGUGUUCCGGGAAUGGUUUGCGCCAGUGGAGCAAACGCAUUCAGAACUAAUGGGCAUCCUGCUGGCCGGUGGGCUUGCUGGUGUGGUGGCUUGGAGCAUAGCCACGCCAAUGGAUGUGAUUAAAGCUCGGCUGCAGGUGGAUGGAGUCACACAGCAGAGGUACCGCGGAGUCAUUCACUGCAUCACAGACAGUGUCCAGAAGGAAGGGGCCACGGUGCUCUUUAAAGGACUCUCCCUGAACUGCCUCAGAGCCUUCCCCGUCAACAUGGUGGUGUUCCUCACCUACGAGACCAUACUGAAACAAAUCAAACCCUUCUCCUUAUGACCAAUCGGUUAUCCAAAGACGAUUUUACGGGAAAUCGGGUGAUGCUUACGCUGAAGCUGGCAGGGAUUUGUAAAUGAAAGAAAAUGAACGUUUGGGGCAUUGAGGGAGGGGAUAGGGAUGCCCAUAUUUUGCCCUUAGACAUGUUAAAUGCAACUGCCUGUGACACUGAGGGGUACAUUUACUAAGCAGUGAUAAGAGCGGAGAAGUGAGCCAGUGGAGAAGUUGCCCAUGGCAACCAAUCAGCAGUGAAGUAACAUCUAUAAUUUGCAUACUAUAAAAUUAUACAGAGCUGCUGAUUGGUUGAUGGAGCAACUUCUCCACUGGCUCACAUCUCCGCUCUUAUCACUGCUUAGUAAAUGUUCCCCUAAGGGCGGUAUUCAAUUAUUUUCACCCAUUUCCACACCCAUUCUGUUUCUGCCCUUGGGGACGUGGUAUCUUAAUUUCAGCUUGUUACCCCUGGGGUAGCAAGGCACCCAACCCUUUACACAGCUAAACCUGAUCACUAUGGGUACGAUAUGCGCGAUAACGGGGAUCACUUUAGAAAGGAGACUGGGCGUGAUAUAUCAUUUGAAUACCGCGGGCCUCACCAAGGAAGUGGGGUGCAAAUACCCGUCAAACCGUGCCGUUCCUGGCAGAUGGCUCCAGGAGAACUUCAUUUAUUUUCCAAAGACGGAAGUGAUAAUUUCCAAACACCUCACGAUUCCAUUGUCUCCGGAUUGUACAGAAUUCAUAAACAAGGCUAAUUUCUA